AGGCUGAAAAUUGCCACUUCUGAGACGCUUCUGAGAGGCAGACAGUGUGAGCAUGUGCACACAGAUUUGGCUCCCAGUGGCACAGAGGCUCCCAGGAAAAUUAUUUUGAAUAAACCUGAACGCAUACAGCUAAAGUCAAAGCAGAAGUGAGAACAAAAAGCAAACAGCAGGCUCUUUCUACUGAAAAAGCCUAAAGAAGUUUAAACUAAAGAUCACAGCCGUACCUAAAAGAGACUAAAAACUCCAUUUCAAGGUCUGACGCUGUGACUGUACUCACAGCAGGCACGCCAGCUACAGCCUCAUAACUUUGUCAGAUUAAAAACUGGGAGGAAAUAACAGAGAUUCCUUAACCCAGGAGAUUAAAUCAGUUCAAGGUGAUCUGAAUCCACUUGCUGCUCGAUGAUGAACUCCACCCACCACCACGGGAUGCACACUUCAUUUCACUUCUGGAACCGCAGCAGCUUCGGACUGCACAGCAAUGCCAGCGAGCCCCUGGGGAAAGGCUACUCUGAUGGAGGGUGCUACGAGCAACUUUUCGUCUCCCCAGAGGUGUUUGUGACUCUGGGUGUCAUAAGCUUGCUGGAGAAUAUUCUGGUAAUCGUGGCAAUAGCCAAGAACAAGAAUCUGCACUCCCCCAUGUACUUUUUCAUCUGUAGCCUGGCUGUGGCAGAUAUGCUGGUGAGUGUUUCGAAUGGAUCAGAAACCAUUGUCAUCACCCUGUUAAACAGUACAGAUACAGACGCGCAGAGCUUCACGGUGAAUAUUGAUAAUGUCAUUGACUCUGUGAUCUGUAGCUCCUUGCUUGCAUCAAUUUGCAGCCUGCUCUCCAUUGCAGUGGACAGGUAUUUUACUAUCUUUUAUGCUCUCCAGUACCAUAACAUCAUGACAGUUAAGAGGGUUGGGAUCAUCAUAAGUUGUAUCUGGGCAGCUUGUACAGUUUCAGGCAUCCUCUUCAUCAUUUACUCGGAUAGCAGUGCUGUCAUCAUCUGCCUCAUCACCAUGUUCUUCACCAUGCUGGCUCUCAUGGCCUCUCUCUAUGUCCACAUGUUCCUUAUGGCCAGACUUCACAUCAAGAGGAUUGCUGUCCUCCCAGGCACUGGUACCAUCCGCCAAGGUGCUAACAUGAAGGGUGCAAUUACCCUGACCAUACUGAUUGGAGUUUUUGUUGUCUGUUGGGCCCCAUUCUUUCUCCAUUUAAUAUUCUACAUCUCUUGUCCCCAGAAUCCAUACUGUGUUUGCUUCAUGUCUCACUUUAACUUGUACCUCAUACUGAUCAUGUGUAAUUCAAUCAUCGAUCCUCUCAUUUAUGCACUUCGGAGUCAAGAACUGAGGAAAACCUUCAAAGAGAUCAUCUGUUGCUAUCCUUUGGGAGGCCUCUGUGACUUGUCCAGCAGGUAUUAAAUGGAGUCAGAGGACACAUUAAAAACUUGCAAGAGACUUUUUCAUUCUUGUACAAUCUAAACAGUGUACUUCAGCAAUUGUCAUGUCUUUUGUGCAGUGCUCUGGUUGAAAAUAUCUAUUGUAUAAAUUUGUUUAUGAUUUUUAUAUAAAAAAUGACCUGUCAGU